UCCUGCGUUCCUCCGUCCUGCCUGAACGGGCGAACGCUGCGAGGGCUUGGGCUCCCUUGUCCGGUAUGGGCUCAAGCAUCGCGCGCAGGACGUGAGAUGGGGGUUCGUUGAAUGAUACGAGGAUUGCUCAGGUGGUCUCGCUGAUUCAGACUCACAAUCUUUGCUGGUGCACGGACGUGCCUCUUGGAGCUAAGCUGGAUAGCGGUCGACGCCUUCUGGGACUGUGGAUGCCUCUCUAAUCUAGGACUGCAGCAGCCAAGCCGUCAAUACGCCAACUCCCGCCAAUCUAUUCGGCCCUCGUCCUGGUAAUUCUACAUGCUAUGGCCAUCUCUAUGCUGCAAACCGACGUUGUCUUCUGCUUUACCAGCCGCAGGGGCAACUCACUGCCCCUUGUCUGCGCGAUUGGCACAACGGGACCCACCAAGCCAACCCCGAUGCAGGAACAACAUCGGGAGAAGCCCCCGCAGAAGGAACCCUCCAUCCCACUCCGGUGUACCACCGCCCUCGGACUUCCCUCGCGCGAGCCAAUCACGGCGCCCGACCGUGCGGUGCCCCAUCUCGCUCGCGAACGUUUGCCAGUUUCACCGUCCGUCCACCGGGCGGAGGCACCCCCACUUAUCUCUAUCUUUCCUGUGGCCGUAGUCGUAACCGGGCCAGGCGCUGCGGUCCUACGCGAGGUGAACCAGGACACCCGGAACGGGGAUGGGCGCGCCCUGGGCAACUUAGCCUGGAACUGUGAUCGUCGGCGCCGCAUCCGGACGACUGCCACACUACACCGGCGGCUGCUGCGAUACCGCGAGAAGUGCGAGUGGAGGUUCCGCGGUUCUGUCCGCGUAUCGGCGGCGCGCACGGGACUGCGGUCGGUCACUCCUUGGGCUUCCCUGGUUGCGCCUGCUUUCCUCGUCCGGGCGCGGGGGUCCCACUCCACCCUGCCUUGCGCUGUACUCGACUGGACAUGCUUAAGCUUAUCGGCUCGCUCGCUGCUGGCUGGGCCAACGCACUGCGAAGUUCGGUUGGUCAGGUACGCACGCGGUCGUGAGAGGUGGUGCACCGCAACCUCGAUUCUCAGCUGCAGGUUUCGCGUGGCGAACGGACACAACGGACGUGAUAGGCCUCUCGAGCUAUGCGCGGGUGCUUCGUUGCUGCUCUUGACUGCCGUAGCUUGGACUUGGCUGGCGCGAUGCGACGGUCGAUGUUGCAAAUCUGGCUGGUGGACUGUUGUUCGUGCCCGUGCUCGCGCUCACACUCGGGGAACAUUCCUGCUGGUGGUGGUUCGCUCAGCAUCCGCCGGAAGUCAACCAACCGCCUUACGUACGUACGUGGGCGACAUGCGGCAUGCAUUGCAGCAACUCAUCCUCUGCCGUUUAAUCGCAAUCGCAACCGUCAUUGGAAAUCGUGCUGAUAGGAAGAAGCCCUGGCAUCGUACGGUAACGUACCACGCGUACGUACGCGCACUCUCACAUCGACAUUGCCAUCCCAGGCUGCACGGCCCAUCAUCACCACAUCGCGCGUCCUUCCUCGCGCGUCAUGGCGAUUGCGAGAUACGCAGGCGGUGGCCUCGCUGCAGUCGUAACCGCAUCCGCCUCGAACGCAGCUCGGGGUCGCGUCCGUUCGAGGCCUGGCCAGCAGCCCAGCCAGCGUCCGCCCAACCGACGUGCUCCUUCCGCGUUCGGCCCUUCCAGUCCUACCCAAAGGGGUAAAACGAUUUCCUAACUCUGCACCUUCUCCCUUCUGUAGCCUCGGCCCUGGCUCCGCGUGCCCGUAGGGUGUUGUCUGCUGGUCGCAGGAUGCUGGAUCAUCUCUUUCUGAGGCUCCAAACCUGGUCGUGAACCUGCAGACGCGCUCAGGCCUGAUCAGGAGCUCCUUGUGGCCCUCCGACAGCUGCUGCGUCUAUGUAGGACUGGGUUAAGUAGGGCCACGCCAAUCGCGCUCGCGCGCGUCCGGGCGU